AAUGCGAAACUAAUUUUAAACAGCCCACAAUCGAUGCUGCGCUCACCUGCUUAGUUAGUUCCGCUGAGACCAACGCAGCACCUCAAAACUCAUGUCUUAUGUCAAAACUGUACCAGCCCUUACUCGGGCAGGCGUGGAUAUAAACGUCAGAAGACUGAAUACCCUUUCUAACCGAAGAGCACAGUCCACUGUCGCCUCAACUCAGGCAGACCAGGAUGUCACCAACAGAGAGUCCUACUCUUCAAGGAAAAGCAGAAAUGCUUCCUCCUCUCCAAAGAUCUCUAUUGACUUUGAUCUGACACAGGAAGCAUACAAGAGUAAAGACAAUUUAGAACUGCUCAGAAGUUUGGUGGUUUUCAAACUGUGCUCCUAUGACCUUUUGGUUGAUAAGAACAAGGAGCUGAUGGAUAUCAGUAAGUUCCUACUGGGGAAGAAGGCAUUUGAGCAGUUUAUGAAGAUGACAUUCUAUGGCCAGUUUGUGGCGGGAGAGGACCACAAGUCCAUCAAGUCUCUGAUUCAAAAGAACAGGGCCUUCGGAGUGGGCUCUGUCCUGGACUACAGUGUAGAGGAGGACCUCACACAAGAGGAUGCAGUGACUAAAGAGAUGGACUCAUGUGUGUCUGCUACAGAGAAAGAAGGCAUGAGCAAGGACCACAGAGAAAAGCAGUAUAAGACUCACCGUCGAGGGGGAGUGACUGGCGACAGGACAUACUUCUACUCUGAUGAGGCCAAAUGUGACCAACACAUGGAGACCUUCCUAAAGUGUAUCAAAGCAUCUGGUGGGAGCUCAGUGGAUGGCUUCUCUGCCAUCAAGAUGACUGCACUGGGACGACCUCAGUUCCUGCUCCAGUUCUCGGAGGUGCUGGUGAAAUGGAAGCGUUUCUUCAGCUUCCUGGCGGCACAGCAGGGGAGAGAUGGCAUGGAGGCUCUGGAGCAGAGGCUAGAGCUGCAGCCACUACAGGAGUUUAUGACCACGCUUGGGGCCACAGGUGACUUCCAUGGCUGGUUCACUGGAGAGAAACAAGGAUCAGGAACCAUUGACAGGCUGGACUGGAACAGCCUGAUCGACGACAGAAUAAAGAUAUCAGAUCUGCUGGUUGUCCCAAAUUUAGAGACUGGUCAGCUGGAGCCCCUGCUCAGUAAGUUCACAGAGGAGGAGGAGAAACAGAUGAAGAGGAUGCUCCAGAGGCUGGACGUACUUGCCAAUCAUGCAGAGGAGCACAGUGUUCGUCUGAUGGUGGAUGCAGAGCAGACCUACUUCCAGCCCGCCAUCAGCACACUGACUGUGGAGAUGCAGAGGAUCUACAAUAGAGUGAAACCUGUCAUCUUCAACACCUACCAGUGCUACCUCAAGGAGGCCUAUGAUAUCGUGACCAUGGAUGUUGAGUUGUCGAGGCGUGAGGGAUGGUUUUUUGGGGCCAAGCUGGUGCGUGGGGCUUAUAUGUACCAGGAGAGGAGCAGAGCGGAGGAGAUCGGAUACGAGGACCCCAUCAACCCUGACUAUGAGACCACUAACAUGAUGUACCACAAGUGUCUAGACUACAUCCUCGAUGAGAUUGUACUGAACAGAAAUGCCAAUGUCAUGGUUGCUUCUCACAAUGAGGACACAGUGAAGCACACCCUCAGGAGGAUGAAUGAGUUGGGCCUGACUCCCACAGAGAACAAGGUGUACUUUGGACAGCUGCUGGGCAUGUGCGACCAAAUCAGCUUCCCAUUGGGCCAGGCAGGUUUCCCGGUCUAUAAAUAUGUUCCAUACGGGCCGGUGAAUGAGGUGAUACCGUACUUAUCCCGUCGUGCCCAGGAGAACAGGGGCUUCAUGAAGGGUUCCCAGAGGGAGAGGGAGCUGCUGUGGAAGGAGCUAAAACGAAGGCUGGCCUCGGGACAGGUCUUCUACAGACCUCAGCCUGAACCGGGUCUAUGAAAUCACAGCUAGCUAGCUGUCUGUCUGUGCUGUGUCAUGACGUUGGCCUCUUUGAGUAUAGCAACCCCAUCCCUCUCUCCCUGCCUCCCCCCUUGCCUCCUUCAACUAGGCUGCUGUGGUCAGAGGUCGUAAAUUCCUGAGAAGACCUCAUGGACACAAAGUUAUAGAGAGUAGUCUUUCAUGGAGACAAAGGAAAUCCUUCCACCUCACAGAACUUGAGGUACGAACAAAUUUCAUGUUCCGGAGAAAGUGUAAAAGAUUGGUGAAUAAUCCAGCUACGAACUGGUCCGUUUGUCACAACUUGGAAAGCUCAUGGGAGACUGUGUGGCCACAUUACCAUAACGUUGUUUAUAUAAUAGCCCCAGAUAAAGGGUUUACAUCUAAUUGUUGUAUAAGAUGAAUGAGUGAGUAUGAUACUGUUUACACAAUUUUACAAUGUGGUUUUGGACUGCUUAAUGAAGGAAAACUCAAAGGGAAUUGGAUUUGAACUAAAUCAGAGGACCGCCCCUGAGCCCAGUUAGGGUCAGACAUCCUGGGACAGCCCUUUUCUGCCAUUUCGAAUAAAACCCAACUUUGAGAAAUUAUCACCAGACCAUGUUUUUCUCCAUUAGGAGGGGGACAAAGGUUGCAGACCAUUGCUGAAUCUUUUAACCAUACCACGUGGUUAAACUCUUAGACUAUUGAUACCGACAGAAUGAGAACAAGUCUUUGAUAUUAAUUACUAGUCUGCAGCUAGGAAUUUGGUAUCAUCGAAUGCGAAGAACGACAACCGCCGAAACAUCCAUUCUAUAACGAAUGUCACUUUGAGUUAUUCCCUUUAACCAAGACAGAGAGAGAGAGAGGAAGAGAGACUGACAAUUCUACAAAAGAAAGACUUUUCACCAGCGAUCAAGACGACACACUGAGCUUAAAUAUAUAUAUUGAUUGCAAUUGUUCCCAAAUGAGUGAGCGUUCAUGUGUAAAGGAUUAGCAUUUUAAUUGUUAUAAAGGAUUAGCAUUUUAAUUGUGUCUUGUUUAACAAGCCACCAUGCCGGUUCAGCCCACUAGUGCAUAUUCUCCUAUCAUUUCAUGUAACCACAUUUACCAUGUUUGUUUGUUUAUGCAUUUCUGUGAAUUACUUAGUUAGUAAUAAAUUCAUUAUUUAAGACAA